CAGACCUGUAUUUUCAUAUCAUUUGUUACACGCAGUCUAGAAGGUGUGCAGAAACCUACAAGGCAGAAGAUGGGAAUAAGAAUUCCAAAUUAUCAUUUUGUGCUCACAAUCCUGCUUUAUACUUUGCCGGCCAUGGCUUCCAGCAGCUCAGCUAUUUCAGUAUCCAUAUAUGACGUCACAUCAAGAAGUGUAUAUGUCCAGUGGUCAAAAGUUGUUGGAGCCAUGUCCUACAAAAUUAUGGCAUCUCCUGUCACGUCUGCAGUCUCAUCUACAUUUGCGGUGUAUAAUGCCGCCAUUAUCAUGGGAACCUUAAAUAAUCUUCUGCCAAACAGCAACUAUACAGUCACAGUGGAAGCCAUGGACAAAGAUGGCGUCAUUCUCGCUCAUGCUCAGACCCUUCAGCUUACAGCUCCUGAGGUUCCCAUCAUUGACAAAGCAUAUUCCAAACUAAGUAAUAGUAUCACCGUGGAAUGGGCUGAGGUAACUGGAGCCUUCAGCUACUUAGUAACAGCCCAAAAUGGAGAAUUCUUUGCUGAGACCAUUGUCACUAGUUCCCCGGGGACUGUUACCGGCCUGCAAGCUGCUACAACCUACAGGAUAACGGUGAGAUCAAUCAACUCUGCUGGAAAAAGUCAACCAUCCCCUCCAAGGCAAGCAGAAACAGUGCUACCUGGACCUUUGGUGACUGUGAUCUCCUCUAGCAGUGAUUCACUCACUGUAAGCUGGGAGCUGGAUUCCUUGGCUGAAUCAUACUUUGUGUCUGUCAUGAGAUCUGAUGGUCAAGGCAUCAGAUGGAACCAGAAUGUAACUACCACACCCAUUAUCUUUACCUCCUUGGAUCCUGGCACCAUCUAUACCAUCAAAGUCCAUGCCUGGAAUGUGGAUGGAACGCCUGGGGAUGACAGCACCAAAAACCAAAUUACACGGCCCGUUUGUCCAUCAGAUCUUCAGAUAAUAUUCAACAGUGGAGAAUUAGAAGCCACAUUUACAGUAACAGGAGCCGAAGCCACAGUUAACUACACAGUGAAUCUUUCCAGUGAAAAUGAUAGCAUCAACUGCACAACUUCUGUGUCUCCCUGCACUAUCUCCUCCCUGCAAUGUGGCCUGGAGUAUACAGUGUCUCUGGCAGCAAGCAAUGAUGCAGGAUCCACCAUGGCCAAUAAGACAUGGACUUUAAAUUCUGUCCCAUGUGCACCCAGUGGAAUCAGCAUCAUGGAGGACAACCCUGGUAACUUAACAGUUUCUUGGUCAAAUGUUAGCCUGGCUGAGUAUUAUGUGGUUUUUGUGAAGAGCGAUGAUGGCUUGGAGGUCCAUUGUAAUACAUCCCAGACAGUCUGCUACUUCCCUGCUGAGUGUGGUUUCAUAUACAUCAUGAGUGUCUUUGCUUAUAGCAAGGUGGGACAGAGUCCUCUGGGGGAGAUUCUCAACUACACAACAGCUCCCUGCUGCCCCAGUGAUUUCAGUCCUGCAUACGUGUCCACCGAUACAUUAGAAAUAGUUUGGACUGCUGUCCGUGGUGCUGAAAUGUAUGAGACUAAAGCAGAUGACGGAACCAACAUAAUACUGUGUAAUGACACAGCCACUGUGUGUGCCCUCUCGGGUCUACAGUGCAACACGCUCUAUAAUGUCACAGUGUAUUCAUACAGUGAAACCAGGGGCAGUAAUACAUCGUGUGCAUCCAAAAUGAUGACAACAGCUCCAUGUAGCCCAGAAAUAACCAGUAUCACAAAAAUAAAUGUGACCACGUUUAUGAUACAAUGGAAUUCCAGUAGCAGUGACACAAUGUAUACUGUAACUGCCAGAGGAGAUGCUGGACUCAUGGAAUGCACCAGCUCAAAAACAUCCUGUGCUCUGGAGAACCUUCCUUGUGGGGAGACAUUUAUGGUCAGUGCUGUGGCCAUUGCACCUUCAGGAACAAGUCUGCCCAGUUACAGUAUGCGUUUGGAAACAGAUCCCUGCUGCCCAUCUGACCUUGCAGUGGUCCAAGUCACUCAGUCUGUGACCAACGUCAGCUGGUCCAUUGCCCCUGGAGCGCAGACAUAUACCACUCUACUGGUGUCCCCAAGAGGUCAGGCAAAGUGCCACACUCUUCAAAGCCACUGUCUACUUGGAUGUAUCACCUGUGGCACCAGCUACUCUGUGUCACUGAAAGCCAUAAGUGAAACUGGCCUGACUUCAAUGUGCACAUAUCACGGCUACUCAUCAAGUCCCUGUUGUCCAUCUGGAGUGAAGUUGUACAGAUUGUCAAACAGUAGUAUCCGGGUCACCUGGCGGGCGUCAUCCGGAUCUGCCAACUACACUGUGAACCUGUAUGGAUCAAAAGGAAACUUCACGUGUAGCCCAAACACCAGCAUCAGCUAUUGUGACAUCUCCGACAUACAGUGUGGAGAUGUUUACACUGUGGUUGUUUCUCCUGUCAUUCUGGAAGAACCACAAGUCUCAUUCUGUCCCCAAAAAAUAUAUUCCGUGAGAUGCUCAGGAAGCUCGCUUGGAAUGGUUAUUUACAGGGGUAAAAGAAGUAUCUCAUAGAAUUACAUGCACAACAAUGAAUCAUUAUGAAAACUGAAGAUCGGACUGAAUAAACCGCUUAAAAAAGUGACCACUUCUCAUCAACCUUGAUCUUUAACCAUCCAUAUAAACAAAUAAUGCAGAGCCUGUAUGAUUGACCCGUACAUGGAAUGUAAUUGUGAUAUGUGCCUGCUACAAAUCCCUACUGCUAGGUUUGCGAUUUGAGGAACAAUAUUAAGUUAUAUUAAAAUGCUCUUAAGGUUUGAAAGUAUUUUGGCAGCAUUACAUUGUUAACUAGAAAAUUAAUAUAUUAUGUAUUAUCAUAUAUUCUCAUUGUCCUGACAAGCCAUAAAUUCUGCUGGAAAAACAAGUAACAGAUUGUAAUUAGAGCAUCAAACCAUGGUAAUUAAUAUGAAAAGACUUCCAGUCCUAAAUGUUCAAUUUUUUCAACUUAUCCUCGUGUCCUCGUAAUGUCUACAAUGAAGGCAUUGCUCCUUCCAGUGUAAUCUUGGCACCAGCAUGAGGGCAGUAUAAUAUGAUAUGUAGACCAACUAUAGACAUGUAAAGCCCAUCUUUUGCCUUUUGUUAUGCCUUCACAUAAAAGUAGUCAAUAUUAAAAGGAAAUGUCAUAAUAAUCCUUUUUAAACCACUUAUUGAUUGUACUUGCCUUGGAACACUUUAUACAACUGUCUCUGAAUGACAAUGUAUUAAAUGAGGUCACUAUUAAACAGCAUGCAUGCACCCACAAUAAGUCUGUGUGUCUUAUAUGCAUGUUAUGUAUUGACAUAAAAAAAAUGAACAUCAAAACUGUAAUACCAGGUCAACAUUAUUUGACAUUUAAAGGUAUUCUAGAAGAUGAUUUUCUUACUUGGCCGAUGCGACCCAUGUGAUAAGUUGCCUGUAUGUAACCCUCAAAUGGCUAAUUAUGACUUAACUACCUGCCAGAGAAAGUCACGUGUCCUGUUAUAUUAUUAUAUAGAUAAUUAAUGCUCAGCCAGUCAUUCAAUCAUGUAUUGUAUGACUACCUCAUCAAGUUUUUCAGAGCUGGGUGAUAUUUAGUCACAUACCAUAUGAGAUUGAGUGGGUAUAAUUUGGCCAAGUCAAGCUCAAAAACAGGUGGCAUAACAUUAAAUAAUACCGUUCCAUUAUACCGUUAUGUUUUACCUUAUUUUGUUGUGGUUUGUAUUCUGUUGCAUACACAUUUUUACAUUAAAACAUGACAACUAUGCAAUGUUCUCUGGUUGUUUCUGUGUCUAAAUAUCAAAAUUCUAAAACCUUUCUAUCUUGGUAAUUAGAGGAAAAAGAAAACAAAUGAAUUGCUUAGAAUUUGUUGC